UGGGGCCCCCGGGCAAUAGAGGAUCAUGGGGCCCCUGUGUCCUUGCCCAAACUCAAAAAAGCCUAUGAAAAAGGUACCAGGGGCAUCUCAUGGGGCCCUGUACUGACCCAGGGCCCUUGGGCAGUACCCAAGUUUCCAAAUGGUCAUUCCGCCCCUGGAUGUAGGUUGCGGAUUCUCAUAUUUUACAGGGGCGGACUGACAACUCAUGGGGCCCCUGGGCAAUAGGAGAUCAUGGGGCCCCUGUGUCCUUGCCCAAAUUCAAAAAAGCCUAUGAAAAAGGUACCAGGGGCAUCUCAUGGGCCCCCUAUUGACCCCUGGCCCUCGGGCAGUGCUCGAGUUUUAAAAUGGUCAGUCUGCUCCUGGUUACAAUAAUAACCCACUAACAAGUUCAAUUUAAAACUAAA